GAAACAGUGAAGAAGUGUGAAUAAUCAGAAAGAUAAUGCUUACAGUACAUACAAAACAAAUGGAGAAAUUGACUCUCAUGGACUCUGCACCUGAGCUGCAGCAAAGAGUCCUAUCAAUGAUGUAGUUCCCUAGAGAAAAUCAGAAAAUAAAAGUGAGAAGAAAAGAAGAGAAAUAUGUUACAAGCUUUAACUGGACUUCAAUUUCAGCUGAAAGAACAAUUAAGAGAAAAGGAGAGAAGACUUCAACACAGCCAGGAAAUCAGGGCCCAGCAAACAGAGUUUCACAUGCAGUUUUCAUACAAACCAAUGUUUCAUAGACUUGUCCCAGCAAGACCACAAAUUUAUUCAAGUCAAUUACCAUCCUUUACCAAGGUUCCAGCACACCUGGAAAGCUCUGCAAGACCUCAGCUACAGAAAGCCCAGAGAGAGCAUGUAAAUUCUUUCAUGACUCUCGAUCACCAGAUCAUCAAUCCAACUCUUAAACGGUCACAACCUGCAGUGACAAGCAGUGGGCCUCUCGUGCAGCAUGCACACACAACUCUGGACAGUGACCCUGGCCUCGCAGAAAACCCGCUCACCAAGUUACUAACUCUUGGGAAAGAAGAUGACAAUGCACAAUGGCAUAUGGAGGACGUUAUUGAGGAUAUAAUCGAUAUGGAAUCAAGUUUUAAAGAGGAAGGAACAGACUCUCCUCUGCUAAUGCAAAGAACAUUAUCUGGAAGUAUUUUGGAUGUGUAUAGUGGUGAACAAGGAAUUUCAGCAAUUAACAUGGGGCUUACAAGUGCUUCCUGUCCAAGUAGUCUACCAAUGAAAAGAGAAAUUACAGAAACUGACACUAGAGCUUUAACAAAAGAGAGACAGAAAAAGGACAACCACAACCUCAUUGAAAGAAGAAGAAGGUAUAAUAUUAAUUACCGAAUCAAGGAGCUUGGCACUCUUAUUCCAAAGUCUAAUGAUCCUGAUAUGCGCUGGAACAAAGGAACCAUUCUAAAAGCAUCAGUGGAGUACAUCAAGUGGUUACAAAAAGAACAACAGAGAGCCCGAGAAUUAGAACACAGACAGAAGAAAUUAGAACAGGCUAACAGGCGGCUUCUACUUCGGAUUCAGGAACUAGAAAUUCAGGCUCGUACUCAUGGUCUGCCAACCCUGGCUUCACUUGGCACAGUUGAUUUAGGUGCUCAUGUCACCAAACAGCAGAGCCAUCCUGAGCAGAAUUCAGUAGACUAUUGCCAACAACUGACUAUAUCUCAGGGACCAAGCCCUGAGCUCUGUGAUCAAGCUAUAGCCUUUUCUGAUCCUUUGUCAUACUUCACAGAUUUAUCAUUUAGUGCUGCAUUGAAAGAGGAACAAAGAUUGGAUGGCAUGCUAUUGGACGACACAAUCUCUCCAUUUGGAACAGAUCCUCUGCUAUCUGCCACUUCCCCUGCAGUUUCCAAAGAGAGCAGUAGGAGAAGUAGCUUAAGCUCAGAUGAUGGUGAUGAAUUGUAAGAAAUAAACAGACUCAAUUCAUCAACUGGAAAGCAAUUCUACGCUGGUGCUAUGCAAUCAUGCUCUGUGUUUCAUAUGUUGCUUUGGCUUGUUUGUUUGUAUUUUUUUUCCAAAAGGAAUGUGUCGUUCAUGAAAAAAUGAUAGAAGCAACAGAAGAAUUCACAGGAAGAAAAAUCAUGGUGUUAAUGAAUUAUUGAGGGCGAAAAAGAGGUGUUUUCUUCUUUGACUACAGAGUCCAAAUACACUUAAAUUUUGUUUUCUUGGAAAGAGGUACAGCAUAAGAAGCAGCUCUUUACUGAUGUUUUAAAAGCAGCAACUUGGUGGUGUGCUACUAGAACUAAUGACUGCAAAGUGUAAAACGACCGAAAUAUACAAAUCUUCUCUUAGUUAUUCACUUCCAUCUUCUCUUCAACUCUUACAUCAGACUUCAAGAAUCAAAA